ACGGCAGCAUGAGGGCGCUGCUGAUUUUCAGUGUGCUGCUGGGGGCCGUUUUCGGCCAAGAUGACUUUGUGGGGCACCAGGUGCUCCGAAUCUCAGCGGCCGAUGAAGCCCAGGUCGAGAAGGUGAAGGAGUUGGAGGAGCUGGAGCACCUGCAGCUGGACUUCUGGCGGGGCCCUGCCCGACCUGGUUCCUCCAUCGAUGUCCGAGUGCCCUUUGCCAGCGUCCAGGCCGUCAAGAUGUUCCUGGAGAGCAGCGGGCUCAGCUACAGCAUCAUGAUCGAGGACGUGCAGGCGCUGCUGGACGAGGAGCAGGAGCAGAUGUUCGCCUUCCAGUCUCGGGCCGCCGACACCACCACCUUCAACUACAAUACCUACCACACCCUGGAUGAGAUCUACAGCUUCAUGGACAUGCUGGUGGCCGAAAAUCCCAAACUGGUCAGCAAGAUCGAAAUUGGCAAAACCUAUGAACAGCGCCCCAUCUUCGUGCUGAAGUUCAGCACCAGCACCAAGGAUGAGACACGCCCCGCCAUCUGGAUCGACACAGGCAUCCACUCCCGUGAGUGGGUCACCCAGGCCAGCGGGAUCUGGUUCGCCAAGAAGAUCACCGAAGACUACAACAACGAUAAAACUCUCACCUCCAUUCUUAACACCAUGGACAUCUUCCUGGAGAUUGUCACCAACCCUGAUGGUUAUGCCUUCACCCACAGCAAAAAUCGUCUGUGGCGUAAGACUCGCUCCCAUUCUCAGGGCACCGCCUGUGUCGGGGCUGACCCCAACAGGAACUGGGAUGCUGCCUUUGGAAAGCCCGGAGCCAGCGGCAACCCCUGCACAGAAACAUACCAUGGCAAGGCCCCCAACUCCGAGUCGGAGGUCAAGUCCAUCGUGGACUUUGUGCAGAAGCACAAGGCCAUCAAGGCCUUCAUCUCCAUCCACAGCUACUCCCAGCUCCUCCUCUACCCCUACGGCUACACCAAGGAACCCGCCCCUGACCACCAGGAGCUGGACCAGUUGGCCAAGGCUGCAGUAGAUGCCCUAACUGCAGUGCACGGGACCAAGUACAAGUAUGGCAGCAUCUACACCACCAUUUACCAAGCCAGCGGGAAUACUGUGGACUGGACCUAUGAACAGGGCAUCAAGUACUCCUUCACCUUUGAGCUCCGGGACACCGGGCGCUAUGGGUUCCUCCUGCCAGCCGCUCAGAUCGUGCCCACCGCCGAGGAGACAUGGGCAGCUCUCAUGACCAUCAUGAACUACACCCACACACACCUCUACUGAAAGGAGUCCGGGACCCUCUCGGCCUCCUGCCCUCUGGCCCUUAUG